AACUGAUUUACCAUUCCAUCUUCUCAUUAUACUAUACCAGUUUGAGGAAUUACAGUAAACGGAAUACAGGGUGUAGAAAAAAAUUAUAAUACAAUGUAAUUCUUCUUCGUUACGUGAAUUCUUAAUAGAGAAAAAAAAAUAUCUUCAUAUAUAUGGACCAUAGUUAGUAUUCUGAACAUGUCUAAUCUAAGUGUUUUCCUUUUCAUAAUUCUAUUUGAGAGAUCUUCUGCUAGUUGGUGCUCGACUGAAAAGGAAAUUACUCAGCUUGACCAACUGAAAGCACUGAGGAAAGCUCUGACCGAUUGUAACGCAAGUCUGUCUGAACCUAUAAACAAUAAUACAGAAUGUAGUGGACACUUUGACGGAAUUAUGUGUUGGCCUCCUACAAAAGCUGGAGAGAUUUCAAAACUAUCGUGUCCGGAUUAUAUACAUGGUUUCAAUACUUCAGGUUAUGCUACCAAGGAAUGCCUUCCGACAGGAACAUGGUACUUCCAUCCCAAAUUUAAUAAAUCAUUUGCAGAUUUUACCGGAUGUAUUCCAAAUAUUCCUUUCCCAUCUCUACCCAAACCAACAAGAAUAGAAUUAAUCAAGUCUCACAUGGAAUCAAUACAGAUCAUAUACAGAAUUGGAUACGCUGUAUCUUUGAUAUUUCUUGUCAUAGCUGUUGUGGUCAUGACAAUAUUUAGUAAACUUCGAUGUCAGAGAAAUACCAUCCACAUGAAUCUGUUCUUAUCAUUUAUCUUUCGAAGUAUAAUUUGCUUCAUCAAAGACGAACAUGGAAUUCCUGAAGACGAAACGAAUAUCAUGGACGAAGUCCUUAGACAACUUAACUCUUCAGAAGCUUCUUGGUGGUGUAAACUUGUCCAUGCCUUGUUCUUCUAUAUUUUGGUAGCAAACUACAUGUGGAUCUUUGUCGAGGGAAUAUAUCUGCAUACACUGAUAUUUGUUACAACUUUUCACAAUAUAUCCAAUAAAAUGUUCAGAGUACUAAUUGUUUUGGGAUGGGUAUCACCUAUUGUCUGUGUAAUGCCAUGGAUAAUUGUAAGAGUUAUAUAUGAAGACACAUUAUGUUGGAAUUUGCAUAAUCAAGAAAAUGGGUUCCACUGGAUUUUACAGGGACCGAUCAUAGCAACUUUAUCCGUCAAUUUUUUAUUCUUCUUAAAUAUCAUUCGAGUGUUAUUUACCAAACUAUCGGCGACUAAUACAAGAGACCCAAAAUGUUACAGGAAAUUAGCCAAAUCCACUCUCGUGCUUAUACCACUAUUUGGUGUACACUACAUAAUGUUCAUGGCAAUACCAAUAUGUCUUGAGCCUGAGAUGGAAGUUGCAUGGCUGUAUAUAGAACUAUUUUUCAGCUCUUUUCAGGGGUUUGCUGUGUCUAUGUUAUUCUGUUUUACACUCGAUGAGGUAAAAUCUGAAAUAAAGAAACAUUGGCAGAGACACAUGUUAAGAAGACAAAGUAUGACGUCAACGCGUUCAACGCGGACAUUUUCUGUGCAGUCGUCCGGGUCAGGACAUGAGCAAGAGUCACCAACUUACAAACGUCAGAACGGGUUAUCGCUCAUUAGAGCUGUUGAAUCGUGUAAUAGUUUAGGUAAAGACAUAACGAAUUACGAUACAGAAACAGAACUGUAUCAUAAUAACAGUGAUGAAAACGGUGGUCUUUACUUUGAAUCAUCUCUAAAAUUAAAGGAUGACAAUGAAAAUGUGCCAUUAUUUUCUAGCGAAAUAGCAACAGUUUUAUGAGAAUUAAAACCAACUUGCCAAUAAACAACUUUAUUUAUUUACAAUGCUAUGAAGAGUUGGCAGAUUGUUAAAUUAUUAAAUAUUCACGCACCGUGCUAUUUGAAUUAUAUAUGUGUUAAGUGUAAUCAAAUGCUUUGACAGUAAUGUUAUUUUAUAAGUAUACAUUGCUUAUUUUAAACGACUUGGAAAUCAUCGAGGAAAUACAAAAGUUUUCAUGUCUAAUGUCAUGUAAAAUGAGUUUUAUUCAUUUAUUUGACUAUAGCUGUAUAGGUAUACGUAUUUGAAAGUAAACUUUACCGUUAUAUAUGAAACUGUUUGUUUUUACAAAAUAUAAAUAAAAUUUGAA